AUGAUCGCCUCCUCCCUCCUCCCCCUCCGCUCCGUCUUCGUCCUCCCGUCCAGCGCCGCCUCCCGCUCCCGUCCCGCCACCGCCACCCUCCUUCCCGUUCCAAGGAUCAGCCUCAGCCGCCGCUUCGCCGCCUCCGCGACUGAGAGCAGCAGCGAGGAAGAAGAAGCGGCGGCCCGGAGCACGAACGGAUCCCUCCCGCCUGCCCCCAGUGGAGGAGGAGGAGGAGUUCUGCCCGGUGGACUGCGUGACGGAGUUCAAGACGGACGAGGAGUUCCAGCGCCACCUGGAGCGGUCCAAGGCCACGGGCCCCUGGUGGUGGUGGACUUCUACCGGCCCUCCUGCGGCAGCUGCAAGUACAUCGAGAAGGGCUUCAUUCGCCUCUGCAAGGGCUCCGGCGACGACGGCGCCCCCGUCGUCUUCCUCAAGCACAACGUCCGUCCGUAUACACUUAGGGCAGACGCCGCCUGCACAGCAAGGCAGCAAGCUAUUGCUGUACAGCAUCGCAAUGCUACACGCGUGGUGAUCGACGAGUACGACGAGCAGUCGGAGGUGGCGGACCGGCUGCGCAUCAAGAUCGUGCCGCUCUUCCACUUCUACAAGGACGGCGUGCUGGUGGAGUCGUUCGCGACGAGGGACAAGGAGAGGAUCCUCGCCGCCAUCCGGAAGUACACCUCGGCCGAGCAAGAACCUGAAGAAGAAGAGCAGCAGGAGUGA